GACCGCUCCCGCCUUCCUCCCCUCCCCUGGGCGGCCCCACGGUGGGAGUCACGGGGCGGGCGGGCCGCUGCCAUGGAGCUGCCUGCCGUCAGCCUCAAGGCCAUCAUUCUGGUGCACUGGCUGCUCACAGUGUGGGGAUGCAUGAAUAACUCGUUUCCAGCCUCCUAUGCCUGGGGGAAUUUCAGUGUCCUUGCAGUGGGGAUUUGGGCCAUUGUGCAGCGAGAUUCCCUUGAUGCCAUCGUGAUGUUCCUGACCGGCCUCCUGCUCACAGUCCUCACAGACAUCAUUCACAUCUCUGUCUACUACCCUUUGCAUAGUUAUCUCAUUGAUGUGAAGCGUUUCAGUAUGGGCAUGGCCAUCUUCAGCCUCCUCCUGAAACCCGGAUCCUGCUACUUUGUGUAUCGAAUGUACCGGGAGCGUGGAGGGGAAUACAUCUUCAACAUAGACCUGGAGUCCUCGUCUGACAGCCAUUUUGCCUACAAUGGUCUCAACCAUGCCGGCCGGGACCGCAGUGCCUAUGAGACAAUUGAUCAGCAGGAAGGCUCUCCACUAUGGCCUGACUCAAGCAGGACAGCUCAGCAUUCAUAUUGAGGCUCUUGUCUGCAGCAGAAUGGACACCUCCCUCCCUCAUCCAACCUUACGCUCCUCCUGUGUCUGUUCUGAUGGAACAAGACCUUCUACUGAGCAAACAGGAGCGGAUCUGAUUUGACUUUUCU